GAGUGUGCAACAUUUUUAUCAUUUUAUCGCAAUGUUACAGACAUAUCAACAGCUGCUGAAACAUACACUUGUGUUCUAUCUGUGCUUGGAGCUGGUGGCGCCAAUGCAUCUGGAACUGGAUGCACGCAUCAAUGGCGGGCAGCUGAUGAAUGAGUCGGUGCCGUUUCAGGUGUCGAUGCAAAUGCUGCGACGUGGACGCUGGCAACACUUCUGCAGUGGCUCCAUCAUCAGCGAGCAGCAUGUGCUGACUGCAGCGCACUGCGUGGACAAGCUUAGGCCGGAAAACAUGACUGUGCUGGUGGGCAGCAACAAUUGGCAGUCGGCUGGUGGCAUGCGGCAUAAGCUGGCGGCGGUGCAUGUGCAUGCGAAAUAUGCAAGUGUUCCACGCAUUGUCAACGACAUCGCAGUGCUUAGGGUCAGCACAAAGUUUGCGCUGCAACGUCCCGAGCUGAGUAGCGUGUCUUUGGGUGGCGCUGAGCGCAUUGGCAGCAAGGCGCGUGUGCGUUUAACUGGCUGGGGCUCAACUGUGGCCGAGACUGGGGCGCCGCAGCUGCCGGCGCGUCUGCAGGUGUUAAACUAUCAGACCAUUUCGAAUGAGGAAUGCGCGCAGAAAGGAUUUCGCGUUACGGCGAGCGAGAUUUGUGCGCUGGCUACGCUUGGCCAAGGCGCAUGUGUGGGCGACUCGGGCGGUCCGCUGAUCUUGUCGAGCGGCAAGUGUCAGCUGGUGGGCAUUGUCUCCUAUGGCACGAGCACCUGCGCUCAAGGCAAACCUGAUGUGUAUACGCGCGUGUCUAGCUUUCUGCCCUACAUCAAGCAAAUCCUGCAGCAGGACGCGGCUCUUUAUAAACAAGCUUUAUUGCAAGACUAAUAAAUUCUGUUGUGGUUUACAUAUUAUGGCGCUUUUUGCUUUUAUUUCUUUUUUGGCGGCUAAUUAAAAAUCUUGUUCAAUAUUCGCCACAGUCUCUGUGCUUGCCUUGGCUUGGGCUGCAUCUUCAUCCUAGGCUCGGCUCCAUGCACCAUGAUAAAUGCAAAAAGCAAUUUAUCGCACAUUUAACUCAAUUCAGUUUCUUUAUGUAUCCCCAGACCUCAGUCGUAGUCGUCGCUGCACACUGCCAGACAAAGUUUCGCUGACACGCACACACAACUAAAACGUCGACUCCAGCUCCAAGUCCAACUCCAACUCCAGCUGGCUGUUCAACUGUUGAGCGAGCACUGGACUGGCGAAC